GUCCAAGAAUAUAGAUAUCAUUUUUUUUCUGUAUUACUUGCAUUGUCUAUGCGCGGCUGUCAAAUUUAGAAAUUGGAAAAUGGCCGCGAAACAGAAUUCAUUUGUGCAAGAAGGCGUAAAGUCAGACGCCGCAUCUGAUGAUAUUCCGCUGACAUCCUUGGAAGAAAGUUUACUCAGUCUGGAGAAGUUAGAUCGUGCUUCUCCAGAACUCUGGCCUGAACAAAUACCUGGCGUGUCAGAUUUUGCGCCAUUACAAAAUGUCAACGAUUCGCCUCCAGCUUGGAAUAAGGGUUUCACCAAAGAAGACUACACAUAUAUGCAGCAAUUGAGUUCUCUUCCUACAAGUGGUCUCAUUAUGGAGGUGAAGAAAUUACAUGAUCUCGCAUACCAGCUGGGUUUAGAAGAAGCCAAAGAGAUGACAAGAGGAAAAUAUUUGAAUAUAUUCACCUCCAAGCGACAGAGAUAGUUUAAAGUGUAAAUUGUUAGAUGUUUUUAUUAUAUUUUUAUGAUACAAAUUAUUUUAUGACAGAGUUAAAUUCAUAUAAUAGCUAUAAUAAAGUAUAAGAGUAAAAAUA